ACCUUUGUCCUUCAACGCACAAAUGCAGCCAUUUGCUUCUUUGGGUCCUCGAAAGUCAACCCGAUUAUCAACGAGGCGGAAUAACAUUAUUCCGUCCCGGGUAAUAAAGGGCAUCUUAUGGUACUUCCCCACACUUAUCUGCCAUGCCCAGCUCUCGACUCGUCCCAGGUCGUUAUCCUCCAGUGGGUACCUCUCCUAUUGCCGAUGCAAUCCGCGAAAGACGGGGCUCAAGAGGACUGACCGCCCUCGACGGUACCCUUCUCCAUGUACCGCCAGUAGCUCAGGGUUGGAAUUCACUCCUUGGGGCCAUACGAACCAAAGGAAAGCUCUCUGACGAUGUCAGAGAACUCAUGAUUCUCCGUGUUGCGGCACACAACCAUGCGGCUUAUGAAUGGAUUCACCAUGAGCAUGUAGGAAGAUCUGCCGGACUGACAACAGAUCAACUGCUAGUAAUCCGCGACACGUCCCGAUUACCGACAGAUGGGGGAGUCUUGAGCGCUUUGCAGAAAAGCGCUCUGGCUUUCGCUCAAGAGAGCACCACCAAGGUCAAGGUGUCGCCUGAGGUGACCGAUGCGCUCAAGAAGAACCUUCAAAAUGACGAUGAUCUCUUCGUUGAGGCAGCCGCAGUAGUUGCUACGUACAACAUGGUCUCCCGAUUUCUCGUUUCACUUGAUGUUGGUGGAGGUAGCGAUGAUCUCGUUCCUUGGCCUGUGGAUGAACAAGAGCAUAAGAUACCCUUACCUUCGUCUCCUUCAUAUUAUAUCUAUGCCAAAACCUAUAUUGUCUCCCCGUCUGCGCCUUGGCUCGUGUUUUGCAACUCUUUAUUGACCAAUACCACCCUCUGGAACCCCCUUCUCACGUACCUCCUUACGCCUCCGCGUGAGUUCAAUAUCCUCCUGCACGAUCAGCGCGGACACGGUGCCUCCGUCUCUCCAUUAUCUGAUCCUUGCACCAUGCCGAUCCUCGCGCAGGAUGUUGCCCACAUCCUUGCGUCUCUCGGAAUCAAGCAAGUGCACAGCGUUGUUGGAGUAUCCCAAGGUGGAGCCGUCGCGCUCAGUUUUGGCAUCCAAUUUCCACAUCUCACGAAGAGUGUCGUCGCAUGCGAUACAUCUCCGAAAACGCCUGCUGGAAACAAAGAGGCGUGGGAGGGACGGAUUGCAACAGCGAAGGAGAAAGGCAUGAAGGAGCUCGCGUAUAUCACCGUCCCGCGAUGGUUCCCAACAGGAUCGUCAAUAACAGACCCCAGGCGACAAGCGAUAGAGGAGAUGAUAGAGGCCACGGAUUUGGAUGGUUUCGCGUUGGGUGCGAGUGCUUUGAUGGAGUACGAUCUCUAUGUGGAUAGGCUAGAUGACUGCAAGAUCAAGACGUUGCUUGUUGCGGGAGAUCUGGAUGGCGGCGGAAAUGUCGGCAAGGGUUUGAAAGCACUCAGGGAGCGCUGGGCAGGGAAAGGCGGCGACAUUGCCUACCAAGAAAUACCACAGGGAGGACAUCUGCCUAUGAUCGAUAAUACGGAAAGGUAUUGGGAAGUACUGAGCAUUUUUUUGGGGAACAUCGCGUAAAAUUGUAGUUAAACCUUGAUGUCGAAGAUUGCACAGUACGGUAAAUGAACCGCAGCCCCAGGCUUUAGCCAACCGCAGAAUCAAAUGAACUAAUUAGCCCACUACGAGGGCGCAAAAUACCAUACAUGUCCGUUGCUCU